CCCACUGAAACAAAGACAGAGGCAGUGCAGCUAACUAAUUGUUAGGAAUCCUAGCUGCAGGACCCUACUAACUGCAACGAUGUGUGGCACUAUAUAUAAGCCGAUUGGAGGCAAGGUCCCAGAGUACAGUACAGUAAGCCACGAUGAAAAACACCGAGCCAAGGAACCCAAUCAGGAUGGAGGACUUUCUAAGGACUCAAAAGUUCCAGCAGUGGACCCGGUUUGUGCACUUCGACUGGAAGCGGGAUGGGGACAAUCGUCUGGUGAACUCCUCCUCGAUAGGCUUUUGGAUAGCAGCGAUUUUAAAUGUGAUUUUCUUCUUGUUCAACGGCUGGGACAUCAUCGGCAAUGUGUUUAUGGGCAGGCCCCACAAUCAGAACCCACCCGUGCUUAGCAUCACAAUUUACUUUUCGAUCCGGGGACUGAUGCUCUUCGUGAAGCGUCGCGAGAUUAUCGAUUUUGUCAAUGCAUUGGAUCGGGAGUGCCCCCUGGACAUUGACCGGCAGAAGGAAAUGCGCCUGGAGCGCACAUACAGCUCCUUCUGGCAGCGGUAUCGAUUCCUGCGGGUCUAUGUACACUUGGCAGGGCCGAUGUUCUGCAUCCUGCCGCUGGCCGUCUAUCUGCUGACCAACGAGGGCCUCGGGGCGCCCAUAACCCAGCACCAGCAACUCCUCGGCGGCUGGAUGCCCUUCGACCUGAGGAGAAACCCCAGAUUCUUUCUUCUAGUGUGGCUGUUCGACGUGUCGUGCACCGCCUGCGGGGUAUCCUUUUUCAUAACCUUCGACAAUCUGUUCAACGUGAUGCAGGGGCACCUGAUCAUGCAUCUGGAUCAUCUCUGCAGACACCUGGAGGCCAUCAAUCCCGUGGACAGUGUGACCAAUGAAGUUGAAUUCUUUGCACACCUAAGGACUCUAGUGCAGCGUCAGCAGCUCCUGAAUCGGCUGUGCGCUCAAUACAACGACAUCUUCAAGGUGGCCUUUUUGUUGAGCAAUUUCAUAGGAUCCGGAUCGCUCUGCUUAAAUCUUUUCAUGAUCUCGGAAACAACGGAUCUGUUCAUAAUGGUCCAGUAUGUUAUUCCCACGAUGGUUCUGGUCGCAUUCACCUUUGAGAUCUGUCUGCGGGGUACCCAGCUAGAGGAUGCGUCUGCUCGCCUAGAGUCAGCGCUAAGUGACCAGGCCUGGUACAUGGGCAGCAGGAGGUAUCGCAAGUUCUUUCUGCUGUGGCUGCAGUACUCGCAGCGCACCCAGAAGCUCGGCGCCUUUGGUUUGAUCGAAAUCAAUAUGGUGCACUUUACCGAUAUCAUGCAGUUGGCCUACAGACUCUUCACCUUUCUAAAAUCGCACUAGGAAAUGCACUAAGAAUCCCAUAAGUUCUUUAGUGAAGUGAGUUACAACUAGCACACACGAUUAUCUUACCCUAGUAGAGGGUCCUGUAGUGUAAAACCGAUUCUAUAGUAGAAUUUCAGAAUAUGUA